AGAGCUCAAGCGGAGGACCGCGUGGCGGGCGGAAUCCCACGUUGCCGCGGAAGGACGCCCGACGCAGGACUCAGCAUGAAAGAGGAGGUUGAAACAGGAGCCCGGUUCAUCGCUCGGCUGGUGAACCGUCACAAGAAGCUGGACGGGGAGCAGGUAGAGCGCUUCGGCGAGUGCCUGGCCGGGAUCCUUUGCGACCGUUUUCAUCAGCACUGGUACCCGGAUAACCCCCUGAAAGGACAGGCUUAUAGAUGCAUCCGGAUCAAUCGGAAGCACCACAUUGAUGAUUCACUCCUAAAGGCGUGCAUGGCCUGUGGUCUGGAUUAUUCGGAAUUAGCACUGCCCCGUGAAAUUUCCAUCUGGAUUGAUCCUGGGGAAGUUUGCUGCAGGCUUGGUGAGAACAACCGGUACUUCAGCGUGAAGAAAGAAGAGAACCCCAGUGGGAAAUCAACGCCAGAGCCAGAAACAUCAGACUAUCACUCAGAAUCCCCCUCAGAGAAUUCAGAGGAUGAAAGCCUGGCCAGGUUUUCUAAGACAACAGAUCUGGGCAAAACUCCAGAUGGGAAAAACAGCCCCAAACAGGCUGCCCAGUAUUUCUACAUUCCAGCUCCUCUGUGGGUCCCAUGCCCUCAAAAUGUGGUCAGCUACAUCCCAGCCUACCAGCCUCUCACGUUCUACUAUGUCGACGUCCCCUCGAAAUCAUCUGUGCCCCGGAAACCCAACCCGAAUCUCCUGAAACGCCUUACCAAGCGGGCCUCCAAAGCCUGAAGCUGAAGGAGGUUGAGGGAAACCCUUGGUCUCUCAGCACCUUAAGCUCUAUCGAGAGUUUGGCCUUGUUUACACUGACGUUGGGACCUUUUGUUCUGGGAAGAAAGCCACUGUUAUAUUCUCUUUCAGGUGAUUGCUAACUCUUGGAAAUUCUCCUCGGGUGGGGCAUUGCCCAGAGUUACCAUCUUUACCUCACCCCUAGGCUGAAGGAUGGGGGUGGUACUGCCUUGUUUCUAUGGUGCCAAACAACUGUAGCAUUAUCAUGGUAUAUUAUUUAGCACUUCAAUGUAGGGAUCAAACUGGAGACCUGGGUUUGCCCUGUGUUACACUGGCAGGGGAAUGAGAUCUAGGAGUUGGCGCAGAAAGCAGAGGGGAACGGGGAUGGGAAAAUAUUUUGAUUUGGAGACUGAAAGAACACGUGGGGAAAGAAAAACGAGGUCAACAGGCUCCUGUGCCCAGCCAACUUUGCUUAAGGUAUUUACUGCUUCUGCAAAACCUAGCUAAUAAUUACUAAAUUAUGUGGGUGUGUCCUGUGAGAUUUUAAAAAGGAUAACUUAACUUUUUGCUGCUAUCAGCAGGGAGGGCGAUCGCGGUUUCAUCGCCCCCUUCCAUAUGCUAACUCAGGGCUUCUCAAACUGCAGAUCAGGAACCUUGGGGGGGUGGGGGGGACUCACCAGCAGCCUCCUUGCAGGGAGGUCAAAACCUGUUUUCCCUGUAGUGGUGGUUUAAACUCGACUGGCUUUGCACAAGCAAAGUUGAGCUCUGUCAGACUUCAUGGUAGCCUGUCUUCUUGACUUUGCCUGUGGAACCGCCGGCGCACAUUUGCCCAGUAAAAGUUGAGAUGCACAUUUAAAAGUAAUGAUUGAUAAUUCCUUUUAGGGCCAACUCUAAUCCCGAUGAAAUCAUUUGCUUUAUUCAUGGUGACUAGCAGAAAUUAAUUUAUUGUUUUAGGGAGUCACGGUACUGCCAUUUUUGAGAAACAAACAUGCUAAUCCUGUUUGCUAAUGAUGGGACUAAAAAGUUUUAGCAUCGUGCGCUCUUGUUAUAUGUUGCUUAGCCAUCCUCGCCUUUGGCUUUCAACUCUUAUUUCUACAUUUUCAAGUACUAUUCUUGCAACUUAAGGGCUAGAAACUAUAGGGAAAAAAAGGGGGGAGCUGAGAUUUUUAAGAUGACCAGUUUUAUGCCUGAAAGCAAUUUCUGUGCUUGCAAAGGAUGGACAAGUUCUAUACACAGCUGCAGAAAUAAUACUUACCUACCUCAAGGGAUGUUGUUAAAAGGGGGAUGAGUGGGGAACAGUUUAAUUAUUAUUAUUAUUAUUAAAAUAUUUGGAGCUUGUCUGAAUUGACAAUGAUGGGCAAAGUGUUAUUAUUAAUGAUAAUUAAUAUGUAUCUUGUAAAUAACAAUCAGGGACCUUUUUUUAAUUUAUAGACAGAAUGCAAUUGUGUAAAUAAUAUAUUACCUGCAGCUUGUUUUUAUGCACCAUUGAUACAAUGUAUUUUGCUUUUUUAAAAUACUUUUUUCUAUAAAACUUUCAAAAUGAAGUA